AUCCAAUAUUGACUGCAUAACAUCUUAUGCAUACUGCAUAACACCUUAUGCAUACCAACAUGGUAUCAGGGGAUCGUUAACGAUCCUGACCGUUUCUCUGUAAUCAAGUUUUUGUUUCUCUGUGUGUUUGCUAUGGCAUAAUCAGAUCAUAAUACUAGUUUGCGUUUAACCUCUGUCUUGCUGAAUGAUGUCAAUUAUGUAAGCUGGUCUAGGGAUGCUGCUCUUGCUCUUGGGGGUAAAAGAAAAUCUGGGUAUAUUGGUGAGAAUAGUACCUGUCCAGAUGCUAAGGAUCCAAAGUAUGAAGAUUGGAUUGUUGAUGAUCAACUUGUUCGCACGUGGCUUCUUCAGUCGAUGGAACCACAUAUUUCGGAAAUCUUCUCGUUCUCAGAAUAUGCAAAGGAUUUGUGGAAGUCUGUUGCUAGUCUGUAUGGCUUACGGAAUAAUGUUGCUCGGGUGUUUGAGCUGAAACGUGAGAUUGCUGAGGCUGAACAAGAGGGUUGAGGAGGAUAAAAUCUUUGAUGUGCUCAGUAGCCUCAAACCAGAGUAUGAAUCUCUUAGAAGCACUAUUCUCAUGAGUGCUGAACUGCCAAGUCUAUCUAAUGUUUGUGCGACUGUGCAACGUGAAGAGACGCGUAAGAAAGUUAUGAAUCCUAAUUCUAAAAGCAUUAUAGACCUGGAUGCAGCUGAAUCAAGUGCUCUUAUGAGCUCCAAAGAUGAUAAACGACGCGCCAUGCCAUUUGAUAAGGACCAGAAUUCUCGUGCUAAGGGUAAGAGAGAAGUUUUUCAUUGUGAUCAUUGUAAUAAAACUGGUCACACCAAGGAUCGCUGUUGGGAUAUUUAUCCUCAUCUUAAAGCUACUUUUGACAAAAAUAAGCUUGCUCGAGCUGCUGUAGAUGACAAUUCAUCCUUUACCAUAGACCAAUUGAAGGAUUUCUUUAACCAGUUGGGUAAUAAGACUGAGCGCAAGGCCAACCAUACUUCAGGUAACCUACUAUCCUUUCUUACUACGCCUGUUUCCAACCGCCAAGUUUGGAUUAUUGAUUCAGGAGCUACAGAUCAUAUGGCAAAUGAUCCUUCGUCAGUUCAUGCAUUUAUUCGCAGCUCUCAUAAAGAUGUGUCACUUGCUAAUGGCUCUACUGCUCCUGUGAUGGGCAGUGGGAAAGUGCAUUUUUUUCCAGAUUGUCCGCCAUCUAAUGCACUUGUUGUUCCAUCAUUUCCUACUCAGUUUUAUCUGUUGGUCAAAUCACUAAUUCUCUGAAUUGUGAUGUUACAUUUACCCCUACCUCGGUCAUCUUUCAGGAUCGAAAGACGAAGAAGACGAUUGGUAGAGGCAUCUUUUCUCAUGGAUUGUACCUGUUACGCUCUAGUGAUAUGGCAUGUCUUACUCAAAGAUCUACUCCGCAGUUCCUUUAUCAUAAACGACUUGGACAUCCUUCUAGUCGUGUUUUGUCUAGGAUUUUUCCCACUUUUUCUGUCCAGACUCAAGUCUGUGAUGUUUGUCAGUUUUCUAAACAAUCUCGUUUUCCAUUUCCUAAUUCUGUGACUCGUGCUACAAUGCCUUUUGAAUUAAUUCAUUCUGAUUUAUGGGGCCCUGCUCCA